AUGUUCCGCCAGGAGCACCCGCUGGCCGAGGGCAGCUUCGCGCCCAUGGGCUCCCUGCAGCCAGACGCGGGCAACUCCAGCUGGAACGGGACCGAGGCGCCGGGGGGCGGCGCCCGCGCGACCCCCUACUCCCUGCAGGUGACGCUGACGCUGGUGUGCCUGGCCGGCCUGCUCAUGCUGCUCACGGUGUUUGGCAACGUGCUUGUGAUCAUCGCGGUGUUCACGAGCCGCGCGCUCAAGGCGCCCCAGAACCUUUUCCUGGUGUCGCUGGCCUCGGCCGACAUCCUGGUGGCCACGCUGGUCAUCCCCUUCUCGUUGGCCAACGAGGUCAUGGGCUACUGGUACUUUGGCAAGGCGUGGUGCGAGAUCUACCUGGCGCUCGACGUGCUCUUCUGCACGUCGUCCAUCGUGCACCUGUGCGCCAUCAGUCUGGACCGCUACUGGUCCAUCACGCAGGCCAUCGAGUACAACCUGAAGCGCACCCCGCGCCGCAUCAAGGCCAUCAUCUUCACCGUGUGGGUCAUCUCGGCCGUCAUCUCCUUCCCGCCGCUCAUUUCCAUUGAGAAGAAGGGCGGCGGCGGCCCGCCGCCCGAGGAGCCGCGCUGCCGGAUCAACGACCAGAAGUGGUACGUCAUCUCGUCGUGCAUCGGCUCCUUCUUCGCGCCCUGCCUCAUCAUGAUCCUGGUCUACGUGCGCAUCUACCAGAUCGCCAAGCGCCGCACCCGCGUGAGGGGAACUUUACCUAACUUGACAGGGAAAGGGUUUACCCAGAAGUCGGGCACUAGUGAACUGGGGACCCUUAUUGCAGGCGAAGAAACAGUCUCACAGCAUUUGCUCAUGACUGACGGCAAGGAAGGGGGACAGGACAGUGCCUUGACAUCCAGCCUUUUCUGGUUCCAAGGUCUGUACUCUUGA